AUUUUCCGUUUUUUCGACUGUUUUCCGUACCUUGGAGACAUCAUGCCUCGUCGGUGUGUUGUCGGAGGGUGUAACAACACCAACAGGGACGGAUUCAAGUUGCACCAGUGGCCCAAAGAUGCCAAAGUGGCAAGAAACUGGACGUUUGUUCCGCACACUUUACCGACGAAAGCUAUGCUACGACAGAGAUGGCAAGAAUGUGUGGAUAUCCUGCGACACUCAAAGCAGAUGCAUUUCCAACGAUAAAGUCAAAGAAAUCUGCCGCCAGACCCCCAUUGAAUCUGCCGGAGUGUGUGAGCAAUUCAGGGACAAAAGACCUCGGAAGCACGGCAAGCAAAGGCGGCAGUUUGUUCCCGCAGACGAGCGAGCUAAACACCCUGGAUGUCUUGGCUCACACCGUCCCUUAUGCCACCGAAGAUGAUCAAGAGAAGAAUAUCGACCCUAGCUUCCCUGGCCUGCUGACAUCAACUCCAAAACUGGACAGAUCAGCUUUCAGGAAAAGAGAGCGAAUGAGGGACCAUGGAGCCAGAGACCAAGCGGUGGAAAGGGACCACGAGUGACUCUUGGGUUGCUCACCCUGUCCUGUCAGAUGAGCAGACACAAGUCAUAGAGCUGAUUGACGCUUUUGCCGCACCGAUCGUCAACAAGAGAGAGACAUCUCGACUGGUCAAAGAGUUGAACAGUUGCUACCCCCUGAAAGGCCUUCAGCACGUGAAGCGGGUCCGAGCGAGCAAGGAGGAGGGCUGUCCUCGUCCUUUGGCCGUCCUGCUAUGUCUCGUCAGCGAAGCACCAAACACGACCUCGUUCAGCAUCGCAUCUCUGCUGCCGUCUUGUGUUGUCGGACAUGACGGACUAGGCGAGCCUUUCCUGGUCAAGGUUCCCGCGCGUCCUCCUUUGACCAGGCCCCAAUUCGAGCUGGCGAGCCAGCACUGGCCGACCUCUUUCCAUGAAGACAAACAUGUGACGGACGCCCUGAGAGGUGAACUCUUCAGCCGAGCUCAGAGAGCUAAGAUGCACAUGUUCAUGUCAUCUGCCGUGGCUGCUGCCAAAGAAGGAAGGGCUCUGGGAAUGGAGGCAGUGGGAGCCGUCUUGGUCGACCCGGUCUCGGAGACUAUCAUCGCGGUCGGCCAUGAUUGUAGACGCAAACACCCGCUGCUGCACGCUGUCAUGGUGUGCAUUGACAUUGUGGCCCGCUCGCAGGGCGGUGGUUGUUACUCCUUUGACGAACACCCUGCUUGCAGGGGUCCGUCGCCUGGCUCCAUUGCCCCAGCAGUGUCACCCUCCCGACCUCAUGUAGAGGGGAAUGCAUCGCGGCCGUACAUAUGCACCGGAUAUGAUCUUUACGUGACCCGAGAGCCUUGUGUGAUGUGUGCUAUGGCGCUGGUCCACUCACGGAUAGGCCGUGUGUUUUAUGGGGCUGCCUUUGCAGACGGAGCCCUGGAGAGUACAUUUAAAAUCCACACGCACAAAGAUUUAAACCAUCGCUUUGAUGUUUACAAAGGAGUGCUAGGCAAGCAGUGUCAGGAUCUCAACAGUUUGUCUCUUUGAAACUUGGGUUUUAUCAUUUUUAGACUAUAAUAUUUCAUUUUUUUUAAGCCAACACAUGAAUAUUUGAUGACAUUUCAUGUAAAAGUAGCAAGUGAAUAUUUGUUUUGAACAAAUAACCAAGUCAAACAGCAUGUUAGGGUGUCCCGAUCUGAUAUUGAUAUUAGCAUACUUGCCAACCUUGAGACCUGUGAACCAGGAAGCACACGACCAGAGGUGGGUAGUAACGCGCUACAUUUACUCCGUUACAUCUACUUGAGUAACUUUUGGGAUAAAUUGUACUUCUAAGAGUAGUUUUAAUGCAACAUACUUUUACUUUUACUUGAGUAUAUUUAUAGAGAAGAAACGCUACUUUUACUCCGCUACUUUUAUCUAUUUUCAGUUCGCUACUCGCUACUAAUUUUUAUCGAUCUGUUAAUGCACGCUUUGUUUGUUUUGGUCUGUCAGACAGACCUUCAUAGUGCCUGCGUUUCACCAAAUACAGUCACUGGUGACGUUCACUUCGUUCCACCAA